CCACUUCACAAGCACUGCCUAGCGGACUUGCAAAAGCAUUUGCAAACUCAGGUCUAACCAUGAAGGUCCUUGUUGUGCUCGUCCUAGCCGUCUUCACUGGCUGUAAUGCCAAUCUCUUGUACGCUGAUGCCCCCAAGCCUCAGCUGGAGAUGCUGAAUGAUGCAUUCUGGGAGUAUGUGGGCAAGGCCACUCAGACCGCCGAUGAUACUCUCCAGAUGAUCAGGUCCUCUCAGUUUGGACAGGAAGUCAGUGCCCGUCUCACCGAAAGCGCCGACCUGGCUAGCAAAUACGCCACCUCCAUCCAGGAACAGCUGCCCCCUGCCGCCCAGGACAUCAUCACUAAGGUAACCACCGAGGCCGAUGUACUGAGGGAGCGCGUGGCCCAGGAACUCAGCUCCGUCAGAGACGAGCUGGUGCCCUAUACCGAGCAAAUGAAGACCCAAAUCCAGGAGAAGGUGGAGCAGCUCAAGGCUGAAAUUACCCCCUUCGUCGACUCCAUGGAUGCAGAGGGCAUGAGAGCCACCCUGAUGCAGAAGAGCGAGGAACUCAAGACCAACCUGGAGCAGAUCGUGAAGGACAUGCAGGUUCAGAUGGGACCCUACACCGAUAACCUCAAAGUCAAAGUGGACCAACAAAUCCAGGACUUCAAGGAGAACCUGGCCCCAAUGACCGAGAAGGUGCAGACGGAGCUGACUGAGCGCGCCAAGCAGGUGCAGGAGCUGGCUGCCCCCUACGUGGAUGACCUCAGGGAGAAGCUGGACCCAUAUGCCCAGGACCUCAAGACCCGCCUCAGUGAACUCUACGACUCCUUCGUCAAGUCCAACUAAACCGUCUGUCUUUAAAGAACUGCGUCUAACUGACAAUAAAUAAUCCGGUAUACAAUAUGUCAACAGCCAACACCAAGUAACCCCAGCUAAACCUUUGACCUCAUGUGUUAGGAUUUCCGCUAUAAAUAAAAUUAAUUAUAAACAGUG